GCGGAUUUUCUUGAACACUUUAUUGCCAGUCACAGGCGCGUCAGAUCUUUUUGCGCUUUUCACCUUAACCGUUAUCCAAAAUGGCAUCCAUGCGUAUCGACCAAGUUAAAAACACAACGCGCGAGCAAAGAGUUGCUGCACACACACAUAUCAAAGGCUUAGGUCUGCGCGACGAUGGAUCUGCUGAGCCCAUUGCUGCUGGAUUCGUCGGUCAAGAGAACGCUCGAGAGGCAAGUGGUGUAGCAGUCGAACUUAUCAAGUCAAAAAAAAUGGCUGGUCGAGCAUUGUUGCUUGCCGGAGCUCCCGGUACUGGUAAAACCGCUCUUGCUCUCGCAGUUUCACAAGAGCUUGGACCAAAAGUACCUUUCUGUCCUAUGGUUGGCUCAGAGGUUUACUCAGCCGAAAUUAAAAAGACGGAGGUUCUCAUGGAAAACUUCCGUCGUGCUAUUGGAUUGAGAAUCAAGGAGACGAAGGAAGUGUAUGAAGGUGAAGUCACCGAACUUACGCCUGAAGAGACGGAAAACCCCUUGGGCGGUUACGGCAAAACCAUUUCACAUGUCAUCAUUGGCCUCAAGACCGUCAAAGGUACCAAGCAGCUUAAACUCGACCCUAGCAUUUUCGAAUCCAUUCAAAAGGAAAAGGUCAGCGUUGGAGACGUCAUUUAUAUCGAAUCUAAUACUGGAGCCGUCAAGCGAGUUGGACGAUCAGAUGCCUAUGCAACUGAAUUUGAUCUUGAAGCUGAAGAAUAUGUGCCUCUUCCAAAGGGUGAUGUGCACAAGAAGAAGGAGAUAAUACAGGAUGUUACCCUUCAUGACCUUGAUGUCGCUAAUGCCAAACCACAAGGAGGCCAGGAUAUCAUGUCUAUGAUGGGACAAAUGCUCAAGCCCAAGAAGACCGAAAUCACCGAUAAACUGCGAAAGGAGAUUAACAAGGUCGUCAACAAAUACAUUGAUCAGGGUAUUGCUGAACUGGUACCUGGCGUUUUGUUUAUCGAUGAAGUUCACAUGUUGGACAUUGAAUGCUUUACAUAUCUCAACCGCGCUCUCGAAUCAUCUCUUGCUCCUAUCGUCAUUUUCGCCACCAAUCGGGGCAUGUGCACUAUUCGUGGUACCGAAGAUGUUGUGGCUCCUCAUGGCAUUCCCAUCGAUCUGUUGGACCGCCUGUUGAUCAUCCGUACAUUACCAUAUACCAUUGACGAGAUCAAGGUUAUUGUGAGAAUAAGAGCAAAGAUAGAGAACUUGAAUGUCGAGGAUUCUGCUGCAGAUUUCAUUGCCGAGACCGGUAUCAAAACAUCUUUGAGAUUUGCUAUACAGCUUUUGACACCAGCCAGCAUCUUAGCAUCCAUUAAUGGCCGCGACACUAUCACACAGGAUGAUGUCAACGAGGUUGAUGAUCUUUUCCUGGACGCUAAGAAGUCAGCCAAGAACCUCGUAGAUAAAAAUUACCUCUUGUAAAAUAAAUAAACGAUCGCUUCGCCCCAACGCAAUGGAAAGGACCGACGGAAACCCUCAUUGCAACUUUGGACACUUUCUCUUUUUUCAUUACAUACUUCUCUCAUAUAUGUUUACCGUCUGGUCAUAUCUGAUGAGGUCCUUCCAAUAAAAUCAUUCAUUCAUUAAUUUUUACACAAUUAUCCAAAAGACAAUCCCAUAUA